UUAUUUUCGCGCGUCCUCAAUCGACAAUCCGCAUUUAACGCGGUUAGUUCGACGAUUGUGUUCAUAGAAAGCGUAUAACAUUUUAUAGUAAUUAAGAUAUACAUAGAAUACCGCUAUGUCACUCUAUAAACUUUUAAUCGGACUUACUUCUAUACUGGCCAUUGCUGAGGGUCUGAGCUUUACAGUGACUUCUAAGGUUUAUUUAGAUGUCAAGCAUCAAAAGAAACCGCUGGGACGCAUAGAGUUAGGACUGUUUGGUAAAAUCGCACCUAAGGCAGUCGCUAAUUUUCGACACAUAUGCUUGCGUGGCAUCAAUGGCACUACAUAUGCGGGUUCUAGAUUUCAUCGCGUAAUUAAUCGUUUUCUCAUACAAGGUGGCGAUAUUUUAAAUGGCGAUGGCACAGGUUCUACCAGCAUUUAUGGUGAUUAUUUUGAAGAUGAGGCAUUGACCGUUGAACACAAUCGUCCGGGAUAUUUAGGCAUGGCAAAUCGUGGACCCGACACAAAUGGUUGCCAAUUCUAUAUAACUACUAUAUCGGCUUCGUGGCUUGAUGGCAAGCAUACAGUGUUUGGUAAAGUGCUCGAUGGUAUGGAUACGGUGCAUGCAAUUGAAGAUGUUAAAACAGAUACUGAUGAUUUUCCAAUGGAUCCAGUUAUUAUUACGAACUGUGGCGAAAUUCCCACGCAACCAUUUGAGUUUUAUCCCGAUGAUUUUAACAUAAUGAGUUGGGUCAAGGCUGCUGGACUGCCCGUAAUGAGUAGUUUUAUUGUGUUGCUCAUCUUCCAUUACUUUUUCCGUCAAUUAAAUAUGUACUGUUGACUUUUCUGACUAAAAAAUAAUCUAUAUGUGCGUUUUAAACACUAAUAGUGAAAUAUAAAAAUAUAUAUUUAUAGCAAUAAUAAAAUUUUACAUGUGACAAAAAUAUAAAAAUAAAAAUAUUUAAAAAAACGCAAA